UGUACCCGACACUGCCCUCUGGAGGGAGCCUGGGUGGUUGGUGCAGGCGGCUUUUGUCGGACAUUCCCUGGAUUUUAAGAUGGCGAUAUGCCGAUGUGUUACAAACAGGGCUGUCUGGUUCAAAAGCUUUACAAUACAUUUGUGCUAUAAGCCGAUUCAUGUUCAUUAUCUACAUACAAGGGUUUGUGGAAGCCCUUCUCUCAAAAGCUAUAAUUUAGGUUUGAAUCGGCACAAACCAUUUACAUCUGCUAUAAAGUCUCAUGCUUCUUCCAGAAGUUCCUUCUUCGGACACAGUUUGUCAUGGCUUCAACAGAGCAGGAGUAUAGUGUUGUCAGCCCCACUAUCCUCUACCUCCCCUGGGAAUCCAAAUAGUGGACAUGGCCUAUAUGAAGUCUUGGCAGAUUCUGCCCCUGUUCACCUAGCAGAAAAUGUUUUGGUUACCCUCCAGGAAGCUACAGGACUGCCAUGGUGGGCAAACAUUAUCUGUGCUACUAUAGCACUCAGAACAGUAGUCACUCUCCCAUUGUCUGUAUACCAGAUGCACAUAUUGGCCAAGGUGGAAAAGUUGCAACCUGAGAUAGAACAGUUAACGAGACGUUUACGUUAUGAGGUUUCAGUUUACGGCAAACAACAUGGUUGGAAUGAUAAAGUUGCUAAAUUUCAUUUUACCAAAAACUUAAGAAGAAUUAUCUCAGAUCUCUAUGUUAGAGAUAAUUGUCAUCCUUUCAAGGCCAGUCUGAUAAUAUGGAUCCAGAUCCCUAUGUGGUUAUUUGUUUCUCUUGCUCUGAGAAAGAUCAGCUUUUGUACAUCAGCUUCAAGUGGAGGAGAAGCACUUCAUAGACAACUAGAAGAAGGAGGAGCUCUCUGGUUUCCUGAUCUUACUCUUCCAGAUUCCACAUGGAUUCUUCCAGUUUCCUUGGGACUUGUUAAUUUGUUGAAUUUGGAGAUUUUUGCUCUACGAAAAAUCAACCUGUCUAAGUUCCAGAAAAUAUUGACCAAUUUUAUUCGCAUAAUAUGCAUUUUAAUGGUCCCAGUUGCUGCCAGUGUUCCUUCUUCCAUGGCACUGUACUGGUUCUCCUCUAGUUGCGUAGGCUUGACACACAAUCUUCUACUCCGAUCCCCAACUCUCCGGCGGAUUUUCAAAAUUCCAAAAUUGAAGUCAGAUUCUGACACUCCCUACAAGGACAUACUGUCUGCAUUUGUUAGCAAAUACCUUCAAAAGAAAUGAUAUAUUUUAUCAUUAAUACAUUUAAAAAUAAA